CCUUGACGAACCCGCGGGUAAACACGUUUACGGUUUUCACACACUCUGCAACAAGUGUGUUCUUCUAGUAACAACAAUGGACUUAAACAUCCAAAUUGUGACAUUCAAUGUUUUGGAUUUCCAUAUCUCGCGUUAGAUUGUAUGGGAAAUGUAGAUGUAAUGUGUGAGCUCACAAGCUUGACAAUAUUAAUUUGUUUGUGACUUAUCCCGUUUUUAUUUUACUGUUUACAAACGGCGCAGAAAAGUUGCAGGCUCAGCUGAUCGUCCCAUCCCAACCAAGAAUAACCUAGAUUUCUAGAUCUAGAUCUCUAGAUCUAGAUAGAUAGAUCUAGAUCUAAGGCGGUUUCUGGUUUUAAUUCGCCGAAUUGUGAAAAUUGUCGUAUAGUGGAUGUGGCUUCUUGAUUAGUUAAACUUGUGAAUGUUCUCCAGCUGAAUAGGUCAAGUAAAUGACAUUAGUAAGGGACUAGCCAGCAGAUGAACAGAGAACACCAUGACCGAUGAGGAGGGGCAAUUAUCUGAAUCCAUACCUCUGGUGCCAAUCCACACAGUCAGUUCUCUCCCUUUGUUCUCUGUGAGGGAAGAUGCUUGGGUGGGCUCAGUGGCGCCACCUGUAGCUCAUGGUGAGCAGAGUUUCCCUGUGGCGCCACCUGUAGCUCAUGGUGAGCAGAGUUUCCCUGUGGCGCCACCUGUAGCUCAUGGUGAGCAGAGUUUCCCUGUGGAUGAGUCAGCAUGGACUGUACAGCAAGGCUUCCCUCUGGUGCCCAAUAUUAAGGUCUACGACCCCGGGGCAAGUUCAAGAGUUCACGACCCCAGGGCAAGUUCAAGAGUUGACGACCCUGGGGGUAGUGUCUAUUUUGAAAUAGAUGAAAAUGCUUGGAGCGGUGUUACGGACUCAUCUGUUCGACCUGAUUUGGAUGAAGAAUAUGGGCCAGACUUAACUUUUAGACAAAACUCAACUAAAAAAUGGUUUUGGCGAAAACGCCACAAAAAUUUUCUUACAAAGCACCCAAAACUUUUGGAAACCAGCUUCAAUAGAUCUGUGCAUGGCAGUGAGAGGAAUGACAGCGUUGAUGCCAUGCUGCCCAGACAGCAGAGCUUGGAUGUCAGUUCUGUGACCUCCAGCACUAACCUGGGCUUCAGGGACUUCGAGGAGAGCAGCAGUAUUGUAAACCACAGAAGUGAGCGCUUUGAGCACGACACAGCCAUGCUGUUCCGCUCAUUGAGCAAGCCGAGACAGAAGAAGAAAAGUGCGUGUCUAGAGCUGUCAGCUGUCUGGUGUCAGAGGUUCUGUUGUAGCCUCCAGUGCUGCUCCUUGCCUUGUUCUUGUCCUGAUCAGAAAGGUGUCCACUUGCUGAAGAUGUUGGGUCAGAAGGUCAUCUCCCACCUGAACCUGGUCCAGAUUUUUCUCAUCAGUCUCAGCAUCGUCUUGUCUGGCAUGGUCUUCUUCCCCCGCGCCCUCACUGACCAGGUCUUUGAGGACCAGUGUGUCCUCUACUCCAACAUCUACCUCCAGUGGAAGAACAGUACUGAUGUCACAAUGGACCUGUCUGAGACCAAGUUUGGUGACGUCAACCAGUGCUACUUCACCACCUUCCUCAAUGUCGUUGUGGCCAUAGUCAGCGUAAUCUUUCUUUGGUUCUUCUUACACACACAGAACAGUGACACAACAGAACAGUCAGAGGUCAAGCUCCAACUUCCUGUCCUGCUGGUCUAUUUUGGGAUGUUGAUCUGUGUCAUUGUGUCCAGCAUCAAGAUCUCUGCGGGCUUCAGUGAGCUCUGUCGCAACCUGGUGGGGAACCACAAAGACAAGCACCUUGACUGCAGGACAUUCCAGGACUUGAACUGGAACCUGAAGGACAAGACCAACUUCUACACCUACACCAUGCUGGCUGAGGCCUCCUCGUGGCUGGUUGCCCUGACCCUGUUUGUGCUGUGUCUGGUGACCUGCCUGCGACUGUACCACGACUUCGUCAUCUCCUACCAGGAGGUUGAGUUACCCCACAAGAAAAUGUCCGAGGUGGAUGACACGGACAGCUUGUACCUGGAGCAGGGCCUGACCAACCGCGGCUCAGAGGACUUGAUCACCACGGUUAGGAAGGGCCUGCCCAGCUUUGUGGAGUACAACGUGGAGCAUCAGAGGCAACUCUUGGCCCAGGCCAUCCUACACCAGAACAUCCUGGCCAUGGCCACUGGUGACCAGAUGCCUUCCAAAACUGACAGAAUUGGGCCAAUUAUUUUGGACACAGAAUCCUUCAAGAAAAAAAGUCGGCCAAAAGCGUCACCUGAAGAUGUUGUGGACAGUUCUAAACCAGAGGGCCGUAAGGAGAAGAGGAAGAUGGUGGAAAUAAAGAGGUCAGAGUUGAAGGUGACGGCAGAUGUCAAUGUACAUGACAGCAACAUCAACUCUGACAGUACAGACUACGUCACAAUACAAGUGGAGCAGCAUGGUGGAGCUAGUGGACAGAGUGGUGGAGCUAGUGGACAGGAUGGCCAACAUGUUGACAUUGUAAAGCUGACAGCUGCCAGAGAAUACAUGAAUUCCAGGAGUCGUGAGGACGGACAGUUGUAGCCUUUAUUAGUAGAAAUUAUUAUUGCAAGUGGUGCCUAGUCAUGGGAUUAAUAAGGCACCAGGGUUUAAUAAGGCACCAGGGAUUAACCUGACCCAAGCCUAUCAAGUGUCUACCAUUUGCCCGAGGCCACUGAUUGCCCCCACCAUAUGUUGGAAAUGUGAUUCUUAAAUUUUGGAAAUGUGAUUCACUCAUUUCCACCCAAUAAUACUCAUUACUUGUUAAAGACAUUUGAUUGGAAAUAAUUCAUGCCAAAGUUUUAUUUGUGAAAUAGUUUAUGAGAUUUUUUAAAGUGACAUUGUAUUUUAAUGCAGUCAGUGUCAACUGGUGUUGUGUUGGUAUCUUAGUGUGGUCCACACUUUGUUGCUCAAUUUUUUUCUUGUCUAUUUGGGACAUGGAGAAUUUGUUUCUGUAUGAUCUCCCAGUUCUACUUUUAAUGUCACCAAUACAUUCCUCUCCUGCCUUUUGCCUCCCUUUCAUGUCAGAGAGAUGUUUUUUUAACCCUUUCAUUAUUGGGUUUUAUCUACUUGGCCAGUCCAUUGCUGAAUUUAUGCCAAAAUAAUUAUUUGGCCAGUCUUCUGCUCAAUUAAAAUGUUGAUUUGGUCAGUUGUCAAGUGAGUCUUGUCUGUUGGUACACUCAAGUCUACUGCCUGUGUAUAUUUAUUCAUCAGGGUCUGUGCAUUAAGUUUUUUUUACUGCUAGCUGUCAGGGUAAACCAAAUAUUCAUUUUUUUUUAUUUUGGUAAUUUUUUUUAUUUCUUUUGGUAAUUUUAAACAUUUAUUUUGGUGUGGCUCUGGAACUGCCCCAUUUAUGAUGUGCUUCCCUCCAGCCAGUAACAUGUGAUGUGAACACAUGACACGUGUGUGCUGUUGAACAUGACACGUGUGCUAUGGACACAUUUGCCUUAUGGACACUUUUGUCUACCAUUGUUUUCUAUGCUUGAAGUUGUUUUGAAAUAGCGGAUGAAUCUUGUCUGGCUGAGAGAGGCCUUAAACCAUAACAUGUUUUUUUUUUAUCUGGCAUUUAAUAAAGCAAGGGGAAAUGUUUUAUGGGUGGGGGGUCUUGGGGUUAACUCUCAGGUUAUGUUACCUAUUUCCACACUUUGUUAACCAUCUUUUUCCACAUUUUGCCAUAAUAGGCAGAGAAAGUUGUCAUGUAUUUUUAUCCAUGUGUUAAUGGCACUAUAAGCUGUUUCUGUAAAUAAAUGAAAUCUUGGAUCACUUCAACUGUGCUUGUGUUGCCAUGAUUUAAGCAACACUAGCUGUAAAAAUACAUUCAUUUUAUUUGUAUAGUGAAUAAAUGAUACAA